UAAGGGAAAACUUUCUUCCGAAAUGAGUAACAUCACGUCGAUGCAGUACAAAUUCCCGUAUAUUUCUGAGUAUUUUAAAAGUAACGCAACUAUUAGAAUGUAUUCGUCAUUAUCGCACAUAGACGAGACUGGUAAAGCAAGUAUGGUGGAUGUCGGAUCGAAAAACGAUAGUAAACGCGUAGCGGUAGCAAGAGGAUUCGUAAAAGUAGGUCCUAUUAUUGGUAAUUUGAUCGCGGAAAACAACGUAAAGAAGGGCGAUGUGUUGUCGGUGGCCCAAUUGGCCGGUAUUAUAGCAGCGAAACGUACCUCUGAUCUCAUACCCCUAUGUCAUCCGCUCGCCUUGUCUUAUGUAAACGUGCGCUUAAGAUUAAACGAGGAAUCGCAUAGAGUCGAAAUCACAUCGGAGGUCAGAUGUACCGGCAAGACCGGCGUUGAAAUGGAAGCUUUAACCGCUGUGAGUAUAGCGGCUCUGACGAUCUAUGAUAUGUGCAAAUACGCAGCCAGUCCUGGCACAAUGCAAAUAUGUGGUAUAGAAUUGGUGUCGAAAACGGGUGGUACAAAGGGUGACUUUAAAUUAGAUAAAGUGUAGACAGUAUUGCACGAAUUUAUCGACAGGAUGAAGAUUUAUUCUGCUGUGAUUAUAAAUCAUAUAGAACAGAGUACAACGUUCCAAAAGGCUCAAAUAUGCUCAAAUAAGCAAAAGAAAGAUUGUUGAUAUAUUUAAAUCAUGGAAUAUCUAUUAUACUAUUAUUAUAGAAUUUUAUAUAUUUUUUAAAUAUGAUAAUAGGGAUGAUUAUACAUUUUAUAUAUCUCUAUAUAUGUAUAUAUAACGUAAUAUAUGUAUCUAAUAUUAGAAUUAGAUGAAAGGAUUAUUGAUUUUGCAUAAUCAUCAAUUUUUAAUUCGAGUUACUUUUGUACUUGUAUACGUAUAACUAGUGUAAAAAAAAAAGCAAUUAUUUGGUUACGCAUAAUAAUGAAAACCAUGACCGUUCCAACGGAACAUUCAAUAGCCUCUUCCUAGUUUUUCUCUCUACAAUUUAAAUAGAUUUUGAUAAAUGAUAUAAAAUUUUAAAUAUAAGAAAUAAAUCUUAAAUAAAAAAACAAUAAUUAUAGCAGAAAUCACAAUUAGAUCAGGUAUAUUAAUAAUCAAAUAUAUUAAUGUGAAUAGAAAAUGCGUUUUUGUGUAGGUUUAAACAAAUAUGUAUUUGUUUAAAUGAAAAGGGUAAUUAUCUGAAAAAUGAUAACAUGCGGAAUGUUAGGAAUAAAGAAUGGCAUGCAUUAUCGUGAAAGGGCCUCAAAAGGGAAAUUAGGAAUAGAGUAUAAUAACAGGAAAUAACACGGCGGUGCUUGUAUUGUUGUACCUGGAGAACUAUCUUGCCAACUUGUGGAUUUUAAUAAGCAUUUAAUAUUAUCGUGAGGAUAAGCAUCGGGGACGCAAGUGCGCGUUGAAGAAAACACAAAGGGUUGGUAAUACGUAAGCGGAUCUUGUGCUAAGAGUCAUCCUGUAUUAAGAAUAUUUCAUAUUGUAUAUUUUUUGAGAAUAUUGUUACGUUGUUGAAAGAUUCUAUCGUAAUAUAUUGUUUAAUAUACAAGAAAAA